CCGCCCGCCCAUCACGCGUUUCCCAGGAAGUGCUGGAUGCACACAGACUCUGAUCUCGCCACUGGAAAGGCCUCUGGCUUCACAACAACAUUUGUUUACAAUGAAUACCAACUUAGCAGCUCACACGUACGUCAUCACUGGUGGAGGAGGUUAUUUCGGAUUUCGUCUUGCUUGCACCCUCCGCAAGGAAUCGUCCAGAAUCCUCCUGUUUGAUGUGAGGCCUCCGAACGGGGUGUUGCCUGAAGGUGUGGAGUUUGUACAGGGUGAUGUGCGGGACUACGCUCAGGUGGAGAAGGUUCUGCGAGGAGCGGACUGCAUCUUCCACAUCGCCUCCUACGGGAUGUCGGGAAGGGAGCAGCUCAACAAGAAGCUCAUCGAAGAGGUGAACAUUCAGGGAACUGAAAACGUCCUCCAGGCCUGCGUGGCUCUUGGGGUCCCACGCCUGGUGUACACCAGCACUUUCAACGUGGUCUUUGGUGGUCAGGUCAUAAAGAAUGGUGACGAGACGCUUCCCUACCUUCCCUUACAUCUCCAUCCAGACCACUACUCCAGGACCAAGUCGCUAGCAGAGAUGCGGGUGCUAAAGACUAACGGUGCACCGCUAGCAGGUGGAUGCGGGAUCCUGCGGACUUGCGCUUUGCGUCCGGCUGGAAUUUAUGGCCCAGGGGAGGAGAGGCACCUUCCGAGGAUUGUGAGAUACAUAGAGAACGGCCUCUUUAAGUUUGUCUAUGGGGAUCCCGACAGUCUGGUGGAAUUCGUUCAUGUUGAUAACUUGGUUUCUGCGCAUGUGCUAGCUGCAGAAGCACUCACGGAGAAACGCCAUCACCGUGCUGCUGGACAAGCCUACUUUAUUUCAGAUGGCCGACCAAUCAACAACUUUGAGUUCUUCAGACCACUAGUGGAGGGUCUGGGUUACUCUUUCCCCAAGCUACGCCUUCCAAUAUCUCUCAUUUACUUCUUCGCAUUCCUCACCGAGAUGGUACACAGCGUGGUCGGCCGUGUCUACAACUUCCAGCCCCUACUGACCCGUACUGAAGUCUACAAGACUGGGGUCACCCACUAUUUCAGCAUGGACAAAGCCAGGGCCGAACUGGGCUAUGACCCCAGAGUAUAUGACCUGAAGGAAGCGGUGGAGUGGUUCAGGAGCAAAGGACAUGGGAGAAAGCAUGCUGCUUCACCGGUGAAGAAGCUGAUCCUCGAUGCGUUGUUGUUUGUUGUCAUUGGGGCAUUAAUACUGUCCUUUCUGCCAGUGGUGGGGCAAUAAGGGCAGCAUCAACAACAUAGUGAUACGGCUGGUAUUUGGACCUGCAUCCAGUAUGAAGUAGGGCUGGAACUGUUGAUCAUUCUUAUAAUUGAUUACUCUAUCAACUAGUAUUUGAUUAAUUGACUAAUUGAGCCAUUAUGGCUUCUGCAGCUUCUUGUCAUUUUGCCCAUCACCGUUCAUAGAAUGCAGAUGAAACAACAGAAGCCAUAUUGCCCCCUACACUUCCGGUAGUGUAUUGCAACCUGUCAGUAUGACUGUGUGGAUCAUAUGAACGUUGUAGAGGAUUAAGGAGUUUUUAUUUUUUAAUGAAACAAUAAAAGCGAUAUUGCCCCCUA